CUGAAACAUCAGCAGAAUAAUUAUUAAAGCAACGUGGAAAUCGAUAUCCAGCUAGCUGCAGGGUAUAAUAAUCCAGGGUCACUGCGUAGUUUUGUUUUUACCCGUAUUUUUGUACUUUGCACGUGUUGUCUGUACUAGUACCAGUCAACACAAGUAAAUACAGAUUUUUCAGGGAGUAUAAAAACUUGAUACAGCAUGCUGUCCAGAUUGUGUAGAAGCUUUCUUCAAAGCCCCUCAGUCUCAUCUGCUGUGAGAUCACAAAGCGGGCUGGCCAUAUCUUCCCAACAGGUGUUUGACAGAGAAUCUCGCUAUGGUGCGCAUAACUAUCAACCACUUCCUGUGGCCCUGAGAGAGGGCAAAGGUGUAUUUGUCUGGGAUGUUGAAGGCAAACGCUACUAUGAUUUUCUGAGUGCAUACAGCGCUGUUAACCAGGGCCACUGUCAUCCCAAGAUUGUGAGUGCACUACAGGAACAAGCCGGGGUCCUUACUCUGACGUCACGGGCAUUUUAUGCCGAAAUCCUGGGACAUUAUGAGCAGUAUAUCACAUCAUUGUUUGGUUACGACAAGGUGCUGCCAAUGAAUACAGGAGUGGAGGCAGGCGAGACGGCCUGCAAGCUCGCCAGAAAGUGGGGUUACACAGUUAAAGGAGUGCCCGCCAAUCAAGCCAAGAUCAUCUUUGCUGAGGGCAACUUCUGGGGCCGUACGCUGGCCGCUAUAUCAACCUCGACGGAUCCCAGCAGUUACGAAGGCUUUGGGCCGUACAUGCCAGGGUUUGAGGUCAUACCAUACAAUGACCUGGCAGCGCUGGAGAAAUCUUUUGAGGAUCCCAACGUAGUUGCAUUCAUGGUAGAACCGAUCCAGGGGGAGGCCGGGGUGGUAGUCCCCGACCCUGGGUAUCUACCCGGUGUGCAACAGCUCUGCAGCAAGAACAAUGUCUUGUUUAUUGCGGAUGAAGUCCAGACUGGGCUAAGCAGGACCGGCAAGCGACUCUGUGUAGAUCAUGAGAAUGUGAGGCCUGAUAUGGUACUGCUCGGCAAGGCGCUGUCAGGUGGCAUUUUCCCUGUGUCUGCGGUACUUGCUGACGAUGAUGUAAUGCUGUCUAUUAAGCCAGGCGAACAUGGCUCAACGUACGGCGGCUGCCCACUGGCAUGCAAGGUGGCUAUAGCUUCCCUGGAGGUCUUGGAGGACGAAAAAUUGGCUGAACAUUCGCAGCGUUUAGGGGUCAUCCUCAGGGAGGAACUCAACAAACUGGAUAAAGAUAUCGUGACGUUGGUGAGAGGCAAGGGCCUGCUUAAUGCCAUCGUCAUACGCGACACUGAAGAUUUUGACGCCUGGAAAGUUUGCUUAAAGCUGCGCGACAACGGACUCCUUGCCAAGCCGACCCAUGGUGACAUCAUUCGCUUUGCUCCGCCCCUUGUCAUAACUGAAGAACAGCUCCAUGAAUGUGUUGGCAUCAUCAAGAAUACAAUCAUGUCAUUCAAGUGAAAACUCCACACGCAAAAUCCACUCUGUCAUGUCCAUCAUGAAAUCACCUUUAAUGUCCUUAUAUGAUUAAAUAUCAUUGUGUGCACCUCAAAAUUACAUUUCGUUGAGUCUAAAAUACUCCUGAAAGAUUAUGUUCUCUUAAAGGGAAUAUACAACAUUUGCAAACAU